AUGAUUUUUUGGAAAAUCAUAGGUUACUUAAAAUUUUACAACACUUGCUCAUCGUUAGGGAUAAUAAAUGAAUGCCUUUAUUUAUCAAUUUUAAUUACUUAUCCAAGCCUAUUUUGUAUGUUUGUUUUUAUAGUUGUUAUUUAUUAUUCUUAGCUCUUUAUUCUUGAUUUAUAAAGAUAUCACCCAUUACUCAGAAAAAUCGGUUUUACUUGAGACUAAAUUAAGAUCCCUCGACAGAACUCUUGGAAAUUCGAUUAGUGAUUCUAAGAGUUUUAGUUUUUUUAAUGACAGUAACGGAAUCUUGAUAAUUUCUAAUGAACUCGAAAAUUUUGGUGAUAUUCUUUAUGCUAACCAAAAAUCUGUAGAAUAUUUUAGGCUCGAUUAG